AUGGCCAUGGCCAGAAGAACCAGAAACAAGCACCAUGUUGGCGAAGACGUCGAGCUCGACGAGGUCGACGCUUUCAACGCUAACCAGGAAAAAAUCCUUCUCGAUAAUGCCGGCGACUACGCACAGGCGGACGACUACGACGAGUCGUCAGAAGAAGAAGUCAUGGGUAUAAACGUUGGAGAAGACAACGAAGACGAUGUCGAGGAUGAUGACGAGGACGAGGACAGUCUUGGUGAGGAUGAAGAGGAAGCUGAAGACGAGGAAGUCGCUGGUUGGGGUGGAAAGAAGGCGUACUACGGAGGAGACGAUGCCAGUGACGAUGAAGACGCUAAGCAAAUGUCGGAAGAAGCAUUAAGACAGCAAAAGAAGCACUUGGAGGAGUUGGCGCUCGAUGACUACGUCGACGAGGAUGUCAUGGAGGACUGGAAGAAGGGCGCAGUCGAAGAGCAAGAGAAGCAGGAGGCCAAAUCACAGUUCAUCAUAAGCAAAGACAGCACGAUAAAUAGCCUCAGCGACGGCGAGAAAAUGGAGUUGUUGACGCAGUCGUUCCCAGAAUUCGUGCCGUUGCUCUCGGAGUUGACUCUGCUCAAGCCUCGGUUGGAGGAAUUGCAAGCCAAACCAUCCAACGAGCUCGUGGAGGUCAAGAAGGUAGCAUUGGCAGCAUACUUGGGGUCCAUUGCCUCAUACUUUGCCAUGUUUGUCGACAACUUGAACGGCGAAGCUUUCAGCAGCAUGAAGGAGAAUCCAGUGAUGGAAUCCAUUUUGAGAUCCAGAGAAGUGUGGAGACAGGCCAACGAGUUGCCAGACAGCGAGUUGGCAAAGCACACAGCAGGUCCCGAGCUCGAGUCGGGCUCAGACGUCGAAAUGGGUGCCUUGGAGGUGGAUUCCGACAUGGAAUCGGACUCAGACUCUGGGUCUGGUUCUGGUUCUGAAUCGGACUCCAAGUACGUGGAUGCCAGAGAAUCGGAGUCUGACAUCGACAUCGACAUCACAGCCAAGCGUUCCAUCAAGACUGCUGCUCGUGCACGUACUGGUGACUUCUCGGAAGCCACUCCAGAUGAUGUGGAUAUGGAAGAUAAGCAACGUCGUAAGAAGACUUUGAGAUUCUACACAUCCAAGAUCGACCAGGCCCAGGCCAAGAACAACGAGCGCUACUCAGGUGACUUGGACUUGCCCUACAGAGAAAGAUUGUUCGAAAGACAACAACGGUUGGUGGAAGAAGCCCGCAAAAAGGGAUUGGGCCAGGACAAAUUGCAAUUGGGAGACGACUUGGACGGCCAGGACUACGGCUCCGAAGACGAACGCGUGGCAGAAGAUGUCAACAAUGGCGACGACCUCGAGUACUACCAGUCGUUGAAGCAGUCGGGAACAGACAAGAAAAUGGCCCGCAAACAGGCCCACGAAGAGGCAGUCAAGGCUGCCAAGGAAGGCAAGUUGGAGGAGUUGCAGGAGCACUUGGGUGCGGACGGCAAGAGAGCCAUCAACUACCAGAUCCUCAAGAACAAGGGUCUCACACCCCACAGAAAGAAGGAGUACAGAAACUCGAGAGUCAAGAAGAGAAAGCAGUACGAAAAGGCCCAGAAGAAGCUUGGUUCCGUCAGACAAGUGUACAAGGGCGACAGCGGUCCAUACCAGGGAGAAAAGACUGGUAUCAAGAAGGGAUUGUCGCGGUCUGUCAAGUUGGUGUGA